GCCGUGCAUGCGCCCGACAAUAUGUUUUUACCGUUUCAGGGGGAAUACAAAGAAUUCAUCACAAUCUAUCCUAGGUAGGAAACGUUGACUAGUCUAUCUUGUUUGAAGAUGUCAACACUUUUUAUAGUAGAGACAUUUUUCUAUUUUGGGUUCUAGAUUUCUGCUUCGUAGUAAAUCCAAGAAGGACCCGCUGCCCUUCUGAGGCCUCUUCAUGUCUUAAAAACCGGCGUCCACAAUGAAUUUGCCGCACACAUAUCGUCUUCUCUGAUUGAUGUUGUGGAAAUUUGCAUUAGAUUUGGAUGUGGGUGUCUCUGGGGAAGUACUUGAAGGAAUUAUCUGGGUCAAUUUAACAAUGGGUUGUUGCAUGAGCAAGAGGAGCGCUGCAAAUUCUAGGAGUGCUGCAAGAUGGCGCUCCACUGGUAUUGUGGGUCUCAGAGAUUCUAAUUUGAAGCACUUUCCCUCUGAGGUUUUGGAACUUGAAAGAGCUGUGCGCACUCUGGAUAUGACCCACAACAAACUCGUGGAAAUUCCUUUGGAGAUUGGAAGCCUAGCAAACCUUCAACGCUUGAUUGUAUCUGAGAAUCUUCUAGAACGGCUUCCUAUAACAUUGGGAAAGCUUCAGUCACUUAAGGUGCUUGCUCUUGAUGAUAACCGACUUACAACCCUACCUGAUGAAUUAGGAUUACUUGUUCGGCUUGAGCGGUUAUCUGUAUCAAGCAACUCGUUGAUAUCUUUACCUGAGACCAUAGGAAGCCUUCGCAAUCUUAUGCAGUUGAAUGUGUCCAGUAACCAUUUGAAGUUCCUUCCAGAAUCAAUUGGAAGCUGCUUUUCUUUGGAAGAGCUCCUAGCCAAUGGUAAUUCUAUUGAGGAUCUGCCAUUGUCACUUUGUAGGCUUGCUAACCUGAAGUCUCUUUCAUUGAGCAACAACCAUAUAAGUCAGCUUCCGCAAAACUUGCUCAGUGACUGCACUUCAUUGCAGAGUAUCUUACUUCAUGAAAAUCCAAUAUCUAUGGAACAAUUCCAGCAGAUGGUGGGAUACCAAGAGUUUGAAUCUAGAAGGAAGAGAAAAUUCGAUAAACAGAUUGAUUCAAAUAUAUUAAUGAACUCAAAGGGCCUUGACGAAGGUCUUGAUUUAUAAGUUAUCAAGGAUGAUAUUCCUAUGGUAUUACUAUUAACCACAAUGUGAACAAUUGAUUCAAUGUUUGAGGAUGUUUGAUAAAAUAGUCAAGUAUCAUUAGGUUUUAUGGUAAUUCCAUUAGAGCAAUAAAUUUGCCUGCUUAUCAGUUUCCUUAUGAAGUUGCUAUUCUCUCUGUAUAUUUUUCAAGCCCAGCUCAUUCAAAUGAAAAUUGAUCUAAUUACAAACAUCAA